AAAGGACCCUAGUUUUGGAGAGAUCAUCGGUCAUCGUGAUCCUAAAAUGAAGAAAACAGUUACAGCAGUAUUAAACAAAUUGAUCGAUCCUGUUUGGCCAUACCUUCCGAACCGUGAAGAUCGAGAAGAAAGUGGAAACAGGAAUGACAUUACAAAAGCAUUAGAAAGUGUUCCAAAUGAUCCCUUGGACUAUGAUUUCUAUUAUCACAUUCUUGAAACUGAUGAUAAUGGAAAUGUGCCUGAUGAUGAUUCAAAUUUCAACAAAGAAUCUGUAUCGUGCCUUCGACAUAUUGCUGAUUGCAGUACAGAUGAUAAGGAAGCUGUUCAGCAUCCAGUUGUUCGGAUGUUAGCGGUAAAAAAAUGGAAAAAAUUUGGCUUCUGGUGGUUUUGUUUUGAGGCUGCGUUGUAUGCAUUAUUCUUCACGGUAUUGUCAUUUGCUCUCAUCUACGGCUCUACCCGUGACCAUCCAACGAGAUACGAAGGCCCUGCUGAUAUAUUUCGAGCGCUCUGUGAAAUCUGUAGCAUCAUUUUCUUAAUGGUCCAGUUCGUUCAGAUGACAUUUGAAAUAGCAAGAGAGAAAAGCCGUUAUUUUGAUUUUUUCAAUUGCAUCAAUAUAUUGAGCAUGAUCAUUUUUAUCCUCUUUGUUAUUCCACUUCGUUUUGUUGAAUCGAAUUCUCAAUGGCUCACAGCUGCGAUUGGUUAUCUUCUGUGCUUCAUACACCUCUUUAAAUAUUCCAAUGUUUCAAGAAUCACUGGUCUUUACACUACAACGAUUGUGAAAAUGAUCAUGGAAGAUGUCAAACGUUUUAUGCUGUUCUUUGCUGUGAUAUUUAUUGGAUUUUGUGGAACAAUGUUUUUGGCUCUGAAAGUCGACGGUACCCAGGAUUCGUACAGCUUUUCCUCGAUAAUGUUGGGUGGCUUCAAAGCUCUUGUUGGACAAGGAACACUGGAAGAGGACGAUGAGAAAAAGUUCGGCUGGUUAGCGAGUGUUGUUCUCCUGGUCUACAUGGGAGUAUUGACGGUGAUGUUGCUCAAUAUUCUCAUUGCACAAUUCGGCUUCACGUACGCCGAAGCAAGAAAGACGGCGAGAAUUCAGUACGCAGCCGAUAUCAUGCGUAUUGUCACUCGUUUGGAGUACAGUAGAUUUGAGAGAUGGAAUUACCGAGAGAAUACAUACGAACCGGGUGCCAAAAUGACGGACGAAGAAUUAGCGGAAGAAAUGUUGGAGAGCACAGAAGGGCGACAUCCUUGGGAGACAGACGAGGAGAAAAUUGGCAGCGUGAGAGAGGCGAUGAAAAGAGUUCUCAAGACAGACAGAGGAAAGGAAAAAGAUCCUUUGGAAACUGUUAAAGAAGAACUUAUGCAAAGUAUUAAUGAAAAAUUUACUAGUCUCACAGCUAUGAUGGAGCAAAUGAAGAAAGAAUCGGAGCAAAUGAAGAAAGAAUCGCAGCCAAGCGAGUGACUCAACGGAAAAGAGCGCUAUAAGGAAUUCGGCACAGCACGAUGUAGCGAUGUUUUUGAUUAGAAAUUUACAUGUUCGUAUUAUGCAAAUCUUUUGUUUAAUUAUGACCAGAACGGCAUGGCUGAAAUUCAUAUGUAUUUUCGGCAUGAAAUGUGUACACAUGCUUAAAAAAUUUGAAAUUAAUGUAAAUAAUGUUGUAUACUUAAUAAAAAUAGUUUUUUCUAAGACAGAACAAUUACUCGAAUACAAAACAACAUUUCAUUGACCUUGAUCGACCAUCAUCGACCUUGAUCGACCACACUAAUAUUUAAUUCUACAUUUAUUCUUCUCAUCGCGUGAAUUAGCAAAAUUUUAACUAGCUAUUUUCGUUGGUAGCAUAAUUCGCAAGAAUCAUUCACUAUUUAUACAGCUUGUGGGAAACCUUUUUGCAUAACUAGUGUUUGCUGUAAAAUCGGACUCGUUUUAGGAUUGCCAGAAAUUUUCAUGGGGCAGACGAAUGAUUUUAUAGUAAAGG